AUGGGAGGUGAGAGUUGGAGCUUAACAGCGAAGCCAUGUGAUUCCUGCAAAUCUUCGCAGGCAAGUGUUUUUUGCCGGGCCGACACGGCGUUUUUGUGCCACGACUGCGACGCCAGGGUGCACAACGCCAACAAGGUGGCGUCCCAGCAUGCCCGGGUGUUGGUGUGCGAAGUGUGCGAGCAAGCGCCAGCCAUAGUCACUUGCAAGGCCGACGCGGCGGCGCUUUGCGCCACUUGUGACCGUGAUAUACACUCUGCUAAUCCACUUGCCCGCCGCCACGAACGCCUCCCCGUCGUACCCUUCUAUGAGCCGUCGCAGAAUAAUAACAGUAACGAGAACAAGUGCUUCUCUGAAGACGAGGCCGAAGCCGCCUCCUGGCUGUUGCCGACGCCUCAUAUGAAAGGAGGGACCAUAGAGGAUGAUGACUCCGAAUCGCCAAAAUACAAGUCCGGCGAGUAUUUGUUCAGCGACAUGGAUCCAUACCUGGAUCUGGAUUUAAUUUCCGGUGACCAGAAGAAACAACACCGUAUGAAUGAUCAAAAGCAUUGCCAGUACAGUUCAGAUGGGGUUGUGCCUGUGCAAAACAAUAAUGAUUUUCAGCAGAAUCCAUUUCAGGGUCCUGUUGUGCAUGGAUUUCCUACUUACGAAAUGGAUUAUAACACUGGAUCCAAGCCCUUCAUGUACAAUUUCAGCUCCCAAUCCAUCAGCCAAAGUGUCUCAUCGUCAUCUUUGGAAGUUGGAGUUGUGCCGGACCCCAGUGCGAUGGCUGACGAAUCGACUCUUAUGAAAAAUGACUGGAUCCCUAACCCAGUUUCCGGCAUCGACAGAGAAGCCAGGGUGUUGAGGUAUAGAGAGAAAAGAAAGAACAGAAAAUUUGAGAAGACAAUAAGAUAUGCAUCAAGAAAGGCUUAUGCAGAAACUAGACCAAGAAUCAAAGGGAGAUUUGCUAAGCGUUCAGUAAAUGGGAUAGAAUCCCUCAUGGUCCCAACUUUUUAA